AUGGCAUCAAAUUCAAUCAGAAUAUCACUAGUGUUUCUGGCCAUGUUCAUAAGUUCAGAAGCAGAGCUUGGACAGCCUAAAGAAACCAAAAUGACACUAUAUUUUCAAGAUUAUUCAGGUGGACCUAAUGCCACUGUAGUGCAGAUUACGGGUCAACCCGAUGGCCUUCUUAGCUUCACCAAAUUUGGAGCCAUCUUCUGCACCGAUGACCCGAUAACUGAAGGAUUUGAUCCAUCUUCGGCAGAGAUUGCACGAGCCCAAGGUUUGUAUGUGACCUCGGCUUUAGAUGGGUCGAAUACACACGUCCUAAUAUCAGUUGUGUUCACGAAUGAGGAAUACAAAGGUAGCACUCUCGAGAUACAAGGAAGCAGUGCGCAGUUUGAAAGGGUUAGAGAAGUUGCUGUGGUUGGUGGCACCGGAAAAUUCCGUCUCGCGCGUGGUUACGUGAGUUUUGAAACGAUUCAUUACGACGCUAAAAUUUACUAUGCGGUUAUUCAAUGCAAUGUUACUGUAUUGCACUACUGA